UUAGAUCAACGCCGGGUUGUACAUUCUUUCUCCAUCUGUACUGGAUCGAAUAUCAUUACGCCCAACUUCGAUCGAAAAGGAAGUUUUUCCGGAGAUGGCUAAAUGUGGAGAAUUAUAUGCAUUAGAGUUGUCGGGAUUUUGGAUGGAUGUGGGGCAGCCAAAAGAUUUCUUGACCGGUAUGCGUUUUUACUUGAAACACCUUCGCGACAAGUCGCCAUCGUUACUAGCUCAAGGUAGUCAUAUAAAUGGUAAUGUGAUUGUGGAUGAAACUGCAGUUAUUGGCCGUGAUUGCAGAAUAGGGCCCAAUGUCGUGAUAGGACCACGAGUGAAGAUUGAAAACGGUGUUUGUUUACGUCACUGUACCAUUUUAUCAGACAGCAUCGUGCAUACUCAUUCUUGGAUCAACAGCAGUAUUGUUGGUAGAAAAUGUUCAAUCGGUGAAUGGGUGCGAAUUGAGAAUACCUGCGUUAUUGGCGACGACGUCGUCGUGAAUGAUGAACUGUACUUGAAUGGUGCGAGAGUAUUACCGCACAAAGCAAUAACGACGAACGUUCCAGAGCCAGAUAUUAUUAUGUAACCGACUAAACUGGAUGUGAUAUUUGGGCAGUUUAGGUGAUGAUUUGUUUUAUGCCUUGUAUAUAUUUCAGGUCUCCACUUUGGUCAUUCCAUG